CCAGAGCUAGGCUUUCUCCCUGCAGUGGUUUGUAUUCCCGGCUCCUUACAGCCAUUCUUUCUGUGGGUCUGCUGCUUCCAGGAGUGGCUAUGCGUCUGCAUCCGAGGACUUUGUCCCUUAUGACUUGGAGGUCCAAGUUCCUGGAAGAGUCAUCGGAGGGAACAGUGGCUUUGGAAAAGCAACUACCCCUGAAAUAGCCAAGUGGGAACAUCUUUCUGCACAUUGUGGACUUGUCUGAUCCCAAGAACUGGAAAUUUGUGGAAAAUUUCAAUCAGGAACAUAAACUCAAUGUUCUGGUAAGCUUUGUAAAUCAAUAAUGCAUAGUCAAUAAAAGAGAGCUCACAGAAGAUGGACUUGAAAAAAACUUGGCUCCCAAGACUGUGGGUGGGCACAUUCUCACGACUGCCCUGAGCCCUGCAUUGGAGAAAGGACACGACCCCAAAGUGUCCCAGACGACCCACUUCAGACUUCUGACUUCGAGAUCUGUAGGAGAACACGUGUGGUGUUGUGAGCCACUAAGUUUGUGGACAUUUGUUGCAAUAGCAACAAGAAAACUAAUACACUGCUUGACAGAGAAGGGGACUGCGAGGGUUAACGAACUUGUGUUUAUAAAUUUCCACUAUGUUUACUGCCAGGAACAUUCUCCUCAGGAGGAAUUGAGCACCGACGAUCCACAGUGAGAAGGGACAGCAUUUAAUGGAACUGUGGUCUCUGCACAAAACCAAGUAAGUGAGGUGGUUUUCUCAAGACUGCAUUUUAUUAAGGUGCCACGUGGGUUUUUAUCCAAAGAAGGCUUAUUCUGGGGUACACAAGAACUGGAAUUAUCCGUGUGUUGGAGCAGCAGGGAAGGAGGGCAGAGCUGUCUUCCAGAUUGCCCAUCCCAACUCCAUGACCUCGGGCAGGUCACCUGGGUUCCCUAUGGCUUCCUCCUCCCCAAAGGAGGGAACUAAAAACAGCAGCAGCCAUGGCAGACACCCCACAGUACACCCCAGGUGCCAGGGGCUUCUCUCAGUGCUGUCCGGAUCCUAACUCGUGUGUCCUCACAGCCCCUACAAGGCAGGCACUACUAUCACACCCAUUUACAGACGAGGAAACUGAGGCACAGACAGGCUGGGCCUGGCCACGGCAUUUUGGGAGGCAGGCUCUCUCAUGCACUGCUGUCACCUUUCUGAAAGCCAGUUCAUUAGAAGCCUUAACAUCUGUACAUACAUCCUUGGAAUUCAUCGUAAGACAUUAUGAAAGAUAUGGACAAUGGGUUUGCUCCUGGCAGCACUGGUGAAAGGGGAGUGAGUUAAUAAAUUAUGGAACACCUACACGGACAAAAGAAAUCUGUUCAGACCUGAAAACCCUGCUGUUGAUACAUGUCUAUGGGAGAGGAAAAUUGUCUGCACUCUAUCAUUAAAUGGAGAUAUCAGGUUUCCCAACAGUACACACUGUAUAAUCUAAUUUUUGCUACCCCCACACGCCCGCGGAAAGAGGUGUGUGUUGGUGCCGUGCGGCAUCCCUCGGAGACCUGGCUGGGAGACUUGGCACAGACUAGGCCUCUGACGCACAGAUGUGAGGAAGUCUGGCAAUCUUCUGUUGCAAACGCAAAGGGGAUGUUCUCAGCCAAGCACACCAGGAGACACAGGCCGGGGGUGUUGGGAGAGGCUAGCUUCUUGAUUCUUCUCAUUUCCUAACAGGAGACAUGCUUGGGUCUGCUGACCAGGGUGAGCUCCAUCAGGCGGUGGAGAGCCCCCAGCCUCUUCUACUCCCAAGUACAUUACCCUGACAGCUCCAGCAUCAACUUGCAUGCUUUCAGAAUCUGUGCUAGCAAUCCCACCGCCUCGAUCUAACAUCUGGGUCAAGGUGCAGUUUGCUGUCUGUCGUCCACAGGUCACAGAGCAAGGACUGGACAGGGGCCUGGGCGUGAGGACGCUUGUCCUCUCUGAGUGGUAGGACAGAAUGUUUCACGUUCCUUCUUUUUGCUCAUCAGUAGUUCCUCAUUUUUCCACAAUAAACAAAUAUUGCUUCUGUAAAAUAAAAAACAAAGUUAUUUUUAAUUUAAAAACUGAGGGCCUCUGAUGAGAUGAUCCUUUCCAUCUCUAAAAUCCUGGCAUCUCCUUAGGGUUCUCAAAUGUUUUCAAUGGUUUCUUUUCUUUCCUCGGCUUUACGAGAGAACGAUUUUGUUUCCCAAUGUGCUCACUUUAGAGACACUGUGUUCCCCGAGGUCUGUGGGCAACGGCGAUAUAGUCUGUAGCCAGCUGUGGGCCGCCUGCGCUGAGGGGCAGGCUGAGGGCAGGCGGCCAGGGCCUGGGGAGGGACGUCAGAGGAGGAACCUCCAUGGAGCCCUGGGGUGCAGGGUGCAGAGGGAGGGCGAGGCAGAGGAGCUUGGCAGGGAAGUAAAGUUCUUCCCCUUCUUACUAUACUCCUCCCUAAAAAGAGGAAACACCACAGCAGUCCAGGAAACCCCCAGCCAGGAUCUUCAGUGGUUAGAAUCAUCUGAGAUCGCCAACCCAGGAGGCAGGGGGCUGAGCGUUUAGUCCCUUCCCGGCCUCACUGCGGCCCACGCCCCGCUGCAGAGACCCUGGUUCUUAGGAUAGAAAGGGGCCAGGGGGCCUUGCUCUCGGGUGAUGGGCUGGUCUGGGUGCCCCGUGGCCCAGAGCCUGGGGGACAGAGGACCCCACACACUUGCAGCACUUUCCACCCAGGCUGCAGGGCGACACCGCAGGGGCUUUGUGACAAGGCCCUCUGGAAUCUGAGCAGCUUGGGUAACAGCUGUUUUGAAAAAGAAAGAGAGCAGUUUAUGACCCCAUUGUUAUUAUCACUGUUGGUAUUGGUAUUAGAAAGCAGCCAACCCCCCCCCCCCCCGCCCCCAUCCCUGCA